CAGUUCAUCUACAGUACUCUGAGUGACCUGACAAGCCACCACCACCACCAUGGGCAAGAUCAUCUUCUACGAGGACAGAAAUUUCCAGGGUCGCCACUAUGAGUGCAUGAGCGACUGUGCUGACAUGUCCUCCUACCUGAGCAGGUGUCACUCUUGCAGGGUGGAGAGCGGCUGCUUCAUGGUCUAUGACCGCCCCAACUACAUGGGAAACCAGUACUUCAUGAGGAGAGGCGAGUACGCUGACUACAUGAGCAUGAUGGGCUGGAGUGGUGGAAUCAGGUCUUGCCGUAUGAUCCCUUCGUACAGGGGAUCCUACAGGAUGAGGAUUUACGAGAGGGAGAACUUCGGUGGUCAGAUGUAUGAGAUGAUGGACGACUGUGACUCCAUCAUGGACCGCUAUCGCAUGUCUGACUGCAUGUCCUGCCAUGUGAUGGAUGGCCAUUGGCUGAUGUACGAGCAGCCUCACUACAGAGGCAGGAUGAUGUACAUGAGGCCUGGAGAGUACAGGAGCUUCAGGGAGAUGGGAUAUGGAGGCACAAGAUUCAUGAGCAUGAGGAGGAUCAUGGACAUGUGCUAAUUGUACAAUUUUAACUUCAUAAAAUAAAUUAAAUGGUACACAUUUA